UCGCAUUGCCAGAAUCAUGUCACAACUAUCUGCUCUACAAAUCACGAUCUCCGUCAGACUUCACCUCAGGUCUCACGGAAACAAUGCGCGUCCAACCACCCCCAACAGGUCACUUCCUCGUAUUCUGCAUCUCUCUCCUUGUAUUCACGUCCCAGUUCACAACAGCAUCCCACCCAAAUCCACACGACCGCGAAGUACAAGCAUGUGGCCGAGUCCUGCGGGACAUGCCCUCCGCGCUCAUCAGCGAGUUCUGCUCAACGUACAAUCACUAUGCAACACCUACUCCUAAGCCCUCCACAACAACAAUCACAGUGACAUCUUCGUAUGUUAAUAUUGUCACUAUUACGGAAGAGGCUGUGAAGCUAUUUUUGACGACUACGACGGCGACGAUAACAUCAACACUCACGACAUACAUACCGCGGGAUCGUCCAGCGCGUCGCUCGGAAUUCUGCCCCGAGCAGGGACGGCCGUGUCGGCUGGUUGCGUUUGAAGAUUGGGCUGUUACGGAGGCUUGUGCGGCUUUUCUGGGCGAAAGCACUGGCGGUGGUAUUUUUGGUGGAAAGAGGGAGGCACAUACAGCGACUGUAACAAUUAAGCAGCGGUGUGAUGCGUGAGUAGACUAGUUGUUCAAUCUGUCUAUUCU